AUGGAAACAGUCUUUUGCCCUCCUCACUUCACCGACCCAAAUAACCCCGGGUCGCUGACGUGGCUGUAUUGGAUGGACCCGUCCUGCGACAAUGCCUCGAACGGCGGCGUCGAAGCCCACCUCUCCGAAGCCCGCCACUGGGCGAAGCGGGCCUACGAGCGUCUCACGAGCCGAACCGACACCGAUUUCGCCCGUGUUUUCAACAUCAUUUUUAAAGUCCCCGUCGCCGAUCCCGUUCGCUACCCCACGGGCCCUUGGUCGCAAAGUAUCCGCGGCCCCCAGCUCCCAGACGAGUGGAGGACGUCCGCCGAACACGUCCUCGGCGUCCUCUACCACUUCGCCCACUGCUGGGAGCGGACAAACGAGCGCAAGAAGGCCGACGUGCGCAUCUACGCCACCGACCUCGCCCAGAGCCGGUGGCUGCCCAUCGGGACGACGGACGCGUUCGACCCCGUCAACCAGCUCGUCUACGACGAAACGCCGGCAAGCUUGCACGGGGACGACGAGCACGACAUGGCGAGCGCGGUGUGCGACCUGCGCCCGGGGCUGUGGACGCCCGCGACGGGCAAGUUUCUGACGCUGCGCGGGCUGAACCCGACCCUGCUGCUGGCGCAGCACAACCCCCCGCGCCGCCCCACGACCGGCAGCGGCGACCCCAUCGUCCGGAACCUGGUGGUCGACCUCAUGGCGUGCACGAUCUUCCACGAGUUCAUGCACGUCUACCUGCUCGACGACUUCGCCGAAGACAGCGGGCGGUCGGCCGGCUGGGGGCACUGCAUGCUCCAGAAGAGGGGGGAGGCGGCCGUCUGCGCCGAGUCGCUUGCCGUGUUGGGCCUGUUCGCUGCGCUCGCCGACAUGACGCCCGGGGGGAGGCCGUCCGGCGGCUUCUCCCUGAAUCGGCAGUGGCGUGGAACCUCUGGCGGGCUGUACGACGCCGACGGGAGUGUCGAGGUCCCCGACGAAACCGAGUCUGAUCCGGACGAAAAAUGCGUCAACUCGGCGGUUCGCGGGGAGCUGAUCUUUUACGAGGACCUCACCAGCUGA